CCCUCCAUCCGCUGUCCGUAUCAAUCAUCUUAUAGCCACGACUUCAUCCUGUCCAUCCAUUUCUCUCUCUCAUACAACUACUUUUCCAACCCUUUGAACCAUCCUCAAGAUACCCUCUGCAAGAGUCGACUGUCUCUGAAGUGCAGCAUCAUCCGUUGCCUUCCACGAAAGUACACCUUGGACCCUCAGUACGCAGUCAGCGUCUACGUACCAUACACGCCACUAUCAAUCAUGGAGCCCACAGCAACAAGACCUUCGCGCUCCUCGUCUUCCGCCUCGCGCAAAUCCAACCUCUCCCUCGAUCUAUCAAAUUUGCCUCCUCUACAACCGCCGACGCCUCCUUCAAACACCUUGCUCCUGACGAACCUCGACAAUGUCGCCAUCUUCACCCCCGAUAAUCUUGCCACCAUCCGCAACCUAAUCUCCGCCUCGGCCUUCAUCCACGCAUUCGCCCCUCUCAAGUCGUUUCGGAGGAUAGUCGUAUCCUUCUUCGAUGUGGAAAGCGCCAUCAAGGUCAGGAAACUGUGGGAUGGCGAGAUGAUCCUCGGCGAAAAGUGCAAAAUCUACUUUGGCAUGGACACGCCCAUCAAAACCAAGGACGAGCAUCUUGCUCUCCCCGACGCCGGGAAACUCUUUUUCAUCAGCCCCCCUCCGAGCCCCCCGCAUGGCUGGGAGAUGAAGAUGGAGGAUGCGCCAAACAAGCUCGUCCACGCGGACGACUUGGCGGCUGCGCUGUCCAAACUGCACCACCAUGCGCCGCCCCAGGCCGAUGACACGCCUGUUCACGAGUCACCCUUGACGCCCGAUGGCGGCGCUCCCAGAAUGAGGAGUCGGAGCUCGACGUUGAUCUAUCAACCUGAGCAGAAGGACAGCCCGCAUAUGCCCGCUGUCGUCGUGGAAGACAUGACCGACGACUUGGAGCUCAAGGAUGAGAAACCAAUUCUGGCUCACACGGCGCGACCGCCCGUGGAGCUGAUGCAUGAUGCCUAGGUGUGCGCACCGCUGUGUCUAUUUUGUGUUGGCGUUUGGAAAGGGGAUGGCUGCCAUGGAGCAUUCGGACUGGAGUUUGAGUUUACCAACGGGAAGAGAGAGCAUCAAUCGUUGUACAUUAGUCUUGUGCUCUCGGGUAUUUCGGUUCAUAGCGCUGCGCAAACCGGGUUACAAUGGCAAUUUAAUGAAGGAAACAUCCUAUCCCGUUUC